AUGGCAGGAAUCAAGGCAAAUUCAUUUCCAGGGUCCACUGCUGUUGCGGUACAGAAGAAAGCAAACAAGCGUGGAAUGGAACCCAGCUGUUUGGAUCUUCACAAAGCAAAGAGACCCAAGCAAACUAAAAAGGAGAAGAAUGAGCGCCAUGUCAAAAAUAUGCCUACUAUCCAAACAAGUGAGGAAUACGGAAUUAUCUUGAAGCACGUCUGUUUGGCUUUGGAGAUGGAAAAAAAACAGAAGACCGAUGCACCAAUCUCCGUCAAACAAUUUGCUGCUACGUAUCUAAAAGAAGCACCAAUCGAUUCAAAGAUCAAGAGUAUUGCGUUGGGCAUUGUAGGGAAUUGGACGGAACUGCUACCUUUGCAAUCUCCAGAAUCACAAAUCAUUGAGCUUUGA